AUGGAAGUUUUUUCCAGAACUGAUAUUGAUAGGAUUAUUGGGAGGGAUUGGGACUACUGUUACCAACCAUCAGUGGGUAAGGCGGGUGGUAUCCUUGUGUUAUGGAAGUGUUCGGUGGGGUCGUUCCAUGUUAUUUUCAAAUCAAAACAGUGCAUUAUGGGCAGAUUUAAAAGCUCGGCUACUUUCGACUGGGAGGUGGCUGUGAUGUAUGCGGAUAAAGACACCCAUGUCCGGGCGUUAGCUUUUAACGAAAUCUUUCAGCACCAUAAGUCCGACUCGCCCUUGAUUGUUGGAGGGGACUUUAAUUGUAUUCUUGCCCAAGCGGAUAAGAAGGGCGGGCGGCCUUUCUCAUUCACGACUGCUGCUAAGGGAAUGAGUGAGUUCAUGGCUGCCAACGGACUGAUUGAUCCGGGGUUCUCCGGUCCCGCCUUCACGUGGACUAAUAAUAAAGACGCUGGGAGUCAUAUCUCCUCUCGGCUGGAUAGGUUUUUGAUUAGCUCCUCUAUCCUGGACGCCUUUCAGGAGCUAAGGGUGAGCCAUCUUACGAGGAUCGCCUCCGAUCAUUGUCCAAUUCUUUGCAUUGUUAGCUUGGGGAGACAGAGGGCUCGAUCCUACUGGAUUAAAUUCGAGGAUGUCUGGGCGAGUUUGCCCAGAGCGUGGCAGUUGGUCGCCGAGAAGUGGCUGGUGCCUGAUACAGAUUCGGAAGCAUCCAAGUUGCAAAGGAAAUGCCAACGUUCUUUGAAGGCCUUGUUCUUCUGGAGCAAAAACAAGUUCAAAAUGUUAAACAAUCUCAAAGAAGAACUGGAUAGGGAGAUUUGUAUUUUACAAAGCAUCGAGAGUUCGCCGACUGGGCUUAAUGAGGUGCAGGCUGAAUCACUGCGGUACAAGGUCCAAUUGCUUAAUUCGACUCUCGAUCGACUUUCAACGUGGUGGAGACAGCGCGCAAAGGUGGUGAAGGGGUUCUUUGAACAUAAAUGGUGCGGGACACCAAUCUGUGAGACCGAUUGGCCUACUUUUGAAGCCCAGCACGCUACUUUAGCUUAUGCGGCUAAUUUGUUGGAUAAGGAAGUUACGGAGGAGGAGAUAUGGAAUGGGGUCACGGCGGCUUGCUUGGAAUUCUUCGCGACAGGGUGUAUGGAUCCUGACUGGAAGGAGACAAUGGUGGUGUUGAUUCCCAAAACCAGCAACCCGGAUCGUCCGUCUAUGUACAGACCUAUCAGUCUGUGCCAGACCAUCUAUAAAAUUGUGGCGAAGGUGCUUGUGAAUCGGAUGCAAAGCUUACUGCCCAACCUUAUCUCCGAGGAGCAAGCGGCUUUUGUCCCGGGCCGGUCAAUCUCCGACCACUGCUUGCUCGGGCAGGAGGUGCUGAACAAAUUCAAGGUCUCGAGAUCCAAUCCUGGGUGGAUGGCCGUGAAGGUGGAUAUGGAACAAGCCUAUGAGAAAAUGAGCUGGAGAACUCUUGAGCUGGUGCUGUCUCGUAUGGGGUUCCCCCUUAAAUUCCGCUCUUGGGUUCUGAGUUGCAUUCGCUCCCCUCGGUUCUCAAUUAUGGUCAACAGGCAGCUUACAGGGGCUAUUACGGCGGAGUGUGGGUUCCGCCAGGGAUGUCCGCUCUCCCCCUAUCUGUUCAUUCUUUGUUCGGAGCUCAUAUCUCUUCAAUUCCACCAGCGAUUUCCGAAGAUGGGUGUUCAACUCAAGGCGGGCGGACCCAUGGUCUCCCACCUCCUUUAUGCUGACGAUGUUUUAUGUUUUGCAGGCGCUUCCAUUCCUAAUGUGAAGAAAAUUAUGUCGAUUAUGGAGGACUAUUGUGCGUGGACUUGGCAGCGGGUCAAUAGGAGCAAGUCGGCAAUUAUGUUUAGCAAGAUCACCUUGUCGACAACCAAACACAGGCUGGCUAGACUUGCUGGCUGCCACAAGGUCGAGGAGAUGGAUUAUUUGGGAAUCAAGCUUACGCUUAGAAGACUGAAGAAGGCGGAUUUCAGCCCGCUAUUGCAGAAGUCUAGUGCUCUGACUCUUGCUUGGGGAGUGAGACAUCUUUCCCUGGCCGGCAGAGUUACUAUGAUAAACUCUGUUUUGCUCCCCCUCUCAGUCUAUGCUGUCUCGCAUAUGCUGGUGCCGAGAGGUGUUCUUGAUGAGGUGGAGAAGAUCUGUCGUGGUUUUCUGUGGAACAAAGAUCACAAUAAUCGGAGCUUAUAUUAUUCCAGUUGGGAGGCGCUAACCAAACCUUGGCGUCUCGGGGGGUUCGGGUUCCAUGCUAGCGGACGGUGGACUGGCCCAUUACGAGCUCGACUUGCAUGGAAUUUUUUCAACAAGCCGCUAAGCCUGCUCAAUAGAUGCUUAAGACAUAAGUAUGAAGAUUGGCCUUGGUCCUAG